AUGGAGCAUUUCAUUUUUGCUUUGCAGGUUCAGUUCCAGGGACUAGCUCAAAUGAUCUUAGUGCUGGGAAUUGGUGGUAGUUUCCCAUAUGGAUUUCACAUUUCUGUCAUCAACUAUCCUUCUGUGCACAUCAGGAAGUUUAUUAAUGAAACCUGGAUAGAGCGACAUGGCUCUCCCCUCCAUCCUGAGACAAUCAUGCUGUUGUGGUCCUUCAUUGUGUCUGUUUAUGGGGUUGGAGGACUCCUGGGGAGCCUCUGCUGUGGCUACCUGACUACAAGAUACAGGAAAAAAAAGUGCCAAAUGUGCACCAACCUGAUCAUGCUGAUAGCUGCACUUUUCAUGGCCUUCAGUAAAACAGCCAAAUCCUUUGAGAUGAUCCUGGUUGGACGUUUUCUCUAUGGCAUUGGUACAGGUUUUUCUCUCACUAUACAUCCUCAGUAUGUAGGAGAGAUUUCACCCAAGAAGCUGCGUGGAUUUACCAACUCCACAGUUGCUGUUUUUCUGACACUGGGAAAAUUCAUGGGACAGGUUAUCGGACUACGGGAUAUUUUAGGAAGCGAAGCUUUGUGGCCGUGGUUGUUAGCAUCUAGUGGAAUUUCAGCAUUGGUUCAACUGGCUGCCCUCCCAUUUUUCCCUGAUUCACCAUCCUACCUCCUGAUACAGAAGGGUAAUGAGGAAGCCUGCAGGAAAGCCAUCAGGAAGCUCUGGGGGGAAGGAGACCAUCAAGCAGAAAUUGAUGACAUUAUGAAGGAGAAGGUUGCAAUGACGAGCAUGAAAACCUUGCGUGUCCUCGAAUUAAUAAAAGAGCGAUCUUUGCGCUGGCAACUUUACAUUUUGAUCAUUGUCAUGGCGACCUUGCAGCUCUGUGGAAUCAAUGCAAUAUACUUCUAUUCUUUUGAAGUAUUCCACACAGCCAAGUUUGAAGAAUACCUUAUCCCAUACGUGUCCUUGGGAGUUGGAUUGUGUGAAUGCUUAUCGUCUAUACUGUGUAGCACUCUCAUAGACCGAUUUGGCAGGAAGGUGCUGCUAUGGGGAGGAUACACACUGAUGUGCUCUGUGCUAGCACUCCUCACCAUGACUCUGUCACUGCAGCACCAGUUUUUCUGGAUGCAUUACUUCAGUGUUAUCUUGAUCUUCCUGUUUGUUACCUUCUAUGGAAUUGGACCAUCUGGAGCUACUAUAUCUGUCAUGGUUGAAAUCUUCAGCCAGUCCUUCAGACCAUCAGCCUUUCUGAUUGUUGGCUGCAUCAACUGGAUGGGACUGUUUGUACUUGGGAUGAUUUUUCCACUGGUUGUUGAUAACCUUGGACCCUUCUGCUUCCUUAUCUUUUUGGGAAUCCUUGCUUUCUCAGCAAUUUUCAUCUACCUGUAUCUCCCUGAGACCAAGGGAAAAUCCAUCAUGGAAAUAAAAGCAGAGUUCAACAAGCUGAACUUUGGGAAAAAAGAAAGCUCAGUCACUGAUAGCAACUUUCCUAAGGAACAGUUGUCCAGCACCAAGUUUUGAAUGUUCAGGGGAGAAAUUUGCCUCUCUUAGAAAACACAGGAAACACUGUUGCAAUAGAACUAAAAAAGAAACAUGAAAACCAGACUGCAGCUCUUCUGUGUUUUACUCCUUUUUUACUAUUUCUUUUUAUGAAAUUCAUUUUGCUAGAGUUUUAUUUCUUGAUAAUACCAAAACAUUUUCACAGGAGAUUUCACCACUCAGUUUUAAGACCUACUAGAUAUAGGAAGAUCUUUUUCUAUUAAAAAAACCCAAAACACCCAAACCAAAAACCAAGCAAACAAAACCCAAAAAAAAGACCAGAACAAACUUUUCUGAUAGUCUGCCUUGCAAAGUUUAAAAACAUUUUGCUAACAGUCCAUAGGGCCCAAAUCCUGCCAGAAGAACAUACAUACAUAGGGCUCUGCUCACAGCCCUGGACCCACGUUGGUCUCGUCCAUGAGUACUGCCCAAUGCCACAGAUAAAACAGUUUGUUAUUGAGCUUUCCUGAAUGAGACCUCUCUGGCUUUAAGCACCUCACAAUCAGGAAACUGCUGGCAAAUAGCUCAGAGGAGAGUAUCAGAAAUGCAAGGACCAAGUAAAAUAAUUUAAGAAGACAAACCAAGGGAAAGCAGGAUUAAGAAGGUUACAUGAGCAUCAGCCAUGAGGCUGGGGAAAUAUGGAGUUGCAGACUGAUAGAGGAAAAGUUAGAUAUGUGGUUUCUGUGACCUGAGCAGAUAUGGAGUCAAAACAUAGCACAGUAAAUUAGGAAUAAAGGUUCCAGCCAUAAUAAAAGAAAAAAAUACUGAAAGUGAAAUUGUACAGUGCAACAAUUCUUCUGGAGAUGUAAUGGAAAUCUCAGUAGAGAACCUCCUAGUAAGUCUAGUCAGGGAAAAGGACCUCCCAGAUAGAGAUAUUAUUCUAUGCAAAAGAAGUAAAAUAGCUGCCAUAAAAUAAAGCACACUCCCAAGAGCA